AUACAAGGCAACUAUGGCAAGCUUCCAACUACAUCAUAUACCUACCUAGGUUAGCACGUUUAUCAUUUCUUGCUCAUAUCUCCAGCACUAAUUCUCCAACCUCUCCGAAACAAUCCCGAAUAGUUUUGUUACCCCCUACCUACGCCCCGGUGUCAGCCAUAUGUGAGCGAGCCUCGUCUUCUGGUCCUGGAACGUUAGCCGGGAUUCGCAUGCUCAUUAGUAGCACCGCCGCCAUAUAAGUUCUCCUAAUCUAGGUGCCUACUAUCAUAACCUCGAAGACCAGUCAUGAGCAACAAACGAUACGCCUUCAUCCCUAUGGACGAGGGUGAAGUGGGCCCUCAAAAGGUCGAGAAGAAGUCCAAACAUAGGCGUCGCGACGAAAAUGGAAAAUCUAGUUCUCAUCGUGAUUCACGUCGCAAGUCGCAUCGUACUCAGAGUCGGAGUCGUAGCCGCAGUCGUUCGCCACGUGGCGAUUCGCAUAGACAAAAAACGAAAUCCA